GCCCCCGCCGUGCCCGCCUCUGGUGGGGUAAGGCCGGGAGGGCUCCCGCUGCGGGUUGGUGCCCGCUGUGAGACUGAGGAGGGAGCGGGAAGGGGGGCUCGCUCCCUGUGUGGGGAGGAGGCUGCGAUCGGGCGUGCGAGCCCAAGUGUGUUUCAAAAGCAAAGAGCCGCUCCCCUGCCCUUCCCUCCCCAGCCUGGUGAGCGCUGCUCCCGGCCGUCUGCGAGUCCAGCGCGCCGCCAGCAGGGUGCCCGGGGCUGGCCCGGCAGCGCGGGGCACCGCCAGAGGCGCGGGCAGGGGCGCAGAGGGGGCAGACGCGGCUUCUGUCGCCGGGCGAGCAGCCCGAAAUAAAACAAAAGCAGAAUUUGCUGCUGUCUAACCCUUGCUGCGUGUAAUUCACUGCAGGCAGAACAAAGCUCUGUCACAACUGUGCUUCCUGGUUGUCGCCUCCUGCCUGCAAACCAUUGAACAUUUUCCACUUGAUAUCAUCCUGCAGAAAGGGAGAAAGGAGACGCAAUGAGAGAUUCAGAUACCAAAAGAUUAAAGUCAGAUACUCAUCUACAAACUGCCUAACCAUCGUCCUUCACUGGUGAGAUAAAAGGAAGAAGUCGCAGGAAGAGAGGAACUACACCAGGCUUCAGAUUUUGGACUAUACAACAAGACUCUGUAAGAUACUUGGGUGUUUUCUCCAUUAGUGCUACAAUGGAGACACUGUCCCAGGACUCUCUGCUGGAAUGUCAAAUUUGUUUCAAUUAUUACAGCCCCAGACGGAGGCCCAAGUUGCUGGACUGUAAGCAUACCUGCUGUUCUGUUUGCCUUCAGCAGAUGAGAACAAGCCAGAAGGACCUGAGAUGUCCCUGGUGCCGAGGUAUCACUAAACUGCCACCGGGAUUUUCUGUAUCCCAGCUGCCCGAUGACCCAGAGGUGAUUGCUGUGAUUGCAAUUCCCCAUACUUCAGAGCACACUCCAGUCUUCAUCAAACUUCCUAGCAAUGGGUGCUACAUGUUGCCCUUGCCCAUCUCCAAGGAGAGAGCGCUGUUGCCAGGAGACAUUGGCUGUCGCCUCCUGCCAGGUAGUCAGCAAAAGUCAGUCACUGUGAUGACAAUCCCAGCUGAGCAGCAGCCCCUGCAAGGAGGGAUCCCGCAGGAAGUCGGAGAGGAGGAGCAAGACAGGAGGGGCGUUGUGAAAAGCUCCACCUGGUCAGGUGUUUGCACUGUGAUCUUGGUGGCGUGUGUCUUGGUUUUUCUCCUUGGUAUUGUCCUCCACAAUAUGUCUUGCAUUUCCAAGCGUUUCACUGUGAUUUCCUGCGGCUGAAAAGGGUCUGCUCCCAGAAUACUCCGAUGGGAUAAUUUAGGGGUUGGGAAGGUGGUGGUGAUGACAGGCUUGAGUGAGAUGAUGCACUGCAACAUUGACCAAUUACUACAGAACGCUUGACACCAGACAGCUGUUUGACAGUCUGAAGGCAAUCCUAAAAGGCGAAAUGUGAGACCUCUCAGCAGAGUACAGAGAAAAUCUUAAUGAGCAUCUGAUGGUAACAGCAUUGAGGAAGACUGCAUGUGUCACCAUCCUCUUUGAUCAAAUGGACUGUAACUUCUAAUGAUUUUUAUCAUGUUAUGAGACUAAAGACAUCUAUUUAGCUGGUUAUACUGUAAAAGUAUAUGAUACGAUCACUCUGUCUUUAAAUGCAGUAGAUUAAAAUCAAAAUGCUAUAUGUAUAAGUAGAAUUGAACAUGAGAAUCAGUGUAAGACUCAGUAAAGAUAUUCCAGUGCCAGUCCAUACAUAUUCUUUUUAAUGGGGGGUGAAGGGGAACUGUAUAAAAGAAAAAUUCAUUUAGUUGGUAAGGCUUUUUAUAUACUUUAAAUUGCACAUUAAUUAAAAUAAGUUUGAAAGUUGCAUAAUAGUUUUUAAAAGGAAACAUUUUACAAGCGAUUGUGUUUCAUAUGUGAUGUGUGUUUUGUCAUAUACUUUCAUUUUGUUUCCACCUGUAGUGAAGUGUCCUUUCCAAGUGUUUUGUUAAAGCAAGAUCCAAGCAGAGGAGCAAGAAAGUGAAGAAGUAGGGCUACCUAAAAGUGCAGCCAAAAUUUUGCUGUGUAAGCCCUGUCAUGAAGUAUGGCUUUGAAGUGUAAACAGUGGACAUGCUGUUUCACCUCUGGUCUGUCAGGCGGGCUUCUCAAGGCUCUGGCCUGCCUGGGGAUUAGUGAAGGGAUGGGUCAUAGAAGUGCUGGACAUUCUUCCUGCAAGGACUGGAUAGCAAAUUACUUUUUAGAAUUUGGGACCAGCCUCGCCUCCAUGUUCAGUCAUAGUUGUAGCUGUGUCAUUUUAUUGACAGUAACUCUAUGGAUGCCUAGAGGACCGAACAGAAAUCGAGGUCUCAUUGUGCCAAGCAUUGUACAAAUAUCUAGCAAGAGACAGCUCUCAUCAGAAAGGGUUCAUGCUCUAGAUAGAUAGGACAGACCAAUGAUGGAAAACAGGUUGAGAGGGGAAAGGGACUUACCCAAGGUCACAGAUGAGGUCAGUGGCAGAGCUGGGAACAGAACCCAGGCCACUUGACCAUGCUGCCUCUCCUAACCCCCUGGAGUCAGACUGGUGUAAAACCUGUGUGAGAUCAUAAUCAGGCCCUGUGCCUCCUUUCAGUAGUAUAAACCUUGAUUCCUCUUAGGGCCAAAUAUGAAACUACCAAGAGAAAAUGAUAUAUUUUUUACUGCAUGUUGAUAUUACAAAGCCCACGUGACUGCAGUUCAUUGCUCAUAAAGGGCCAGAUUAGGAUACUUAUGCUAACACCUCAGUUAAUAAGAAGGUUCAUCACCUUUUGUGGGACUUCUUGUGGAGUAAGGUAUUCAGCAUGAGUAAGGGUAUCAGAAUCUGGCUGAAAGUCUGGAUUUGUUUGAUUUUUUUAUUUUUUUAAGGUCAGAGUGGGACUUGUGGCAGAAAAAAACUAUUGGUUUGCCUGAUUUGUAUUGUUAGUAUGAAGAAUGGACAAUUACACAGGUGUAAGCACAGUGAACAAUGACCUCUAAUCUAUUACUAAUAUGCUUUCUAAUAGUUAAUUUGAGAUAGUUCAGUCCCGUGUAAUAACACUGGAGAACCUUGUUCCAACUGAGUUAGGCACAUGAAAGAAGUCCGUGGUGUUGCACCAGUGCAACUGAGGAAAAAUUGGCUCAUUAUGAACACCAUUCUCGUUCGAAAAUACAAUACAGAGCACAUAUCUUCCUUUGUGCUAGAUUCUCUCCUCUCUCCCUCCCCCCAUGUCUGUUUUCUAAAGAAUGGCAUAUAUAGUUAGUAUAUGUAAGGUUACACGUGAAGAUAAAGCUCCUGGUGCACUGUGCCUGCUUUUAUCUACUGUGAUUUGCGUGGGCAUAACAAAGAAAAUACCCCAGAGGUGACACAUUUGAUACCUCCUUUUUUUCCACUAAGAAAAGCACAUGCAGAACCAUAUGCAAUAUGCAGAGAACCUGGUUUACAAACUCUUGUUAUAAACAUUCAGCUCCUGGACAUCAGUGAAAGUGGGGUGUAAUAGAAAGGAAUAUUAAUUCCAAACGCAUGCGGUAUUAAAAUUGUUAAUCUGCAGCAUCGUCUUGUAAGGAAAACUCAAUUUCCAUCCAUGUUACAUGUUAGCAUGUAAUGGAACUGUAGCCCGCUAAUAUUUCUGCCUUCGAAAGGCUCCAUGCUAGUGUACAGUUAGAGGACAUAGUGCUCUACUGCCUCGCCCCUUGUAAUCAUGGGAGGGAUAGCUCAGUGGUUUGAGCAUUAGCCUGCUAAACCGAGGGUUGUGAGUUCAAUCCUUGAGGGGGCCAUUUAGGGAUCUGGGGACAAAAUUGGGGAUUGGUCCUGCUUUGAGCAGGGGGUUGGACUAGAUGACCUCCUGAGGUCCCUUCCAACCCUGAGAUUCUAUGACUAUCUACCCUCGUGGCACGUGAGGGGGGCGUGGGCAUGACAUGCUACUAGAUCAGCUACUUGACAUCGAUUUUGCACUCACUGAGCACAAGUGUAAAUGACUAGACAAGGUGCAAGACAGUAGAGUAGAAGGCCCUGAGAGUACAAUACUAAUAAUAUUAACAUUGGAAUGACCAUAAAAUGCCUAACCGAAGCUCUUGACAAAGUAGGUUCUCUUGAUCUUUUCAAAUAAUGUCUCUCAUAAAAGGUGCUGGUUUUCCUUCCCCACAUGAAGAGUGUAGUUGGAAGGAUAAACCAGAAAUUAGGUUAAAAUGCUACACCGCAUAACACAUUACUCAACAGGCAAAUAUGGGGUUUAAUCUGGUAUUAAUGAUGUAGGCAUCAUCUGACCAGAACGCCAUAUUGUAUUACUUAACACAGUGCAUUGUUUUGUUAGUGUGAGUUUCUUGUACUGUUAAGAGCCUGCUGAAAUGCAUGGCUGACCUAAUUUCUGAUUCCGACAUUUGCCUGUUUUACAGUCUUUGUGUGAGUGCAAUAAAUAAAACCUCAAGAUUUUUUGUGGGUUAGCGCCUAUUCAAAAAUAUAAUUUUAUGGGGGAAGAUUCUUCUUUGCUUUAGGCAGUGCGACUCAUUUAAAUUUUGCAACCUUCAUAUCAUGUUAGAUCACAUAGCUUUAUGCUGAUGAGCUGUAGUAUAUUGCAAUAGACAGUGUUAGACCAUUUCUCAAUUAGGUUAAUAUUCAUACUUUAAAAUGCAGUGUGCUCUAUUCCAUUUUAUAUUCCUCAGUCCCAUACCUGGCAUUCAGAAAGGAGACAGCUAUCUAUGGCUAUAACUUUGCAAAACGUGCUAGAAAAAUUAUUCCCAAGAAAAACAUUUAAACUCACAUAAUAUCCCUCUUCUGCACCAAUUUCAUGCCAAAAUGAUCAGCUCCUGGGUAGGUUCUUAAUCCUUGUAUAUCAGCAACUCUUUUGAUCACUACUCAGUUCUUGAAAAAGGAAGACAAACUUUUAUUUUUUUAUGGCAUAAGUACUAGCUGAGCAAACAUUAUUUAUACUAAAUCUUGUCUGAAGUUAUUUAUGCACCUGCAUUUUUGAACAAAUACCCUUUAUGAAGGUGUAUUAUUUGUUUGUUUAAUGGAGAGUACAGCUUCUUUUAUUUUAAAGGUCUCAGCUUCAGUUUUUAGCUUGUGCUUUGCUGGGAGACAGAAAUAGGGUACACUUUGUGAAAGUUUGUUCAGUGAAUUUUACAAAUUCAAAAUAAGCAAUUUUGGUAUGUGCGAUUUUUUAGAAAAUUGUGUAUUAAGUGUUUGUGCUUAAAGAUAUGGAAAAAGCAUGGGUGGUUUUGUAAACAGGGAGCAAUUGUGAGCCUAAAGUUUCAUCUUUAUUAAUGAAGGUUGGUAUGAAUAAAAUAUUAGCAGGAAUAGAAUGAAUACAUUAAGUGAAUUAUGGUUUCUCUAGUCCUUCACCUUAAAAUGAACAGCACAGUGAGUACUCAGUGGAAUUAUUCUGUAUUUACACUGGUGUAACCAAAGCUAGCAUUUGGCUGCCUUCCUCAAGACAAAUUUUUAAAGUAUGGGCUGUGGCACAUUUUUAAAAUGUGUGUGUGUGUGUGUUGGGGGGUAGUGGUUUUGUUGUUGUUGUUGUUGUUGUUGUUAAAUAGUUGAUUUUUGAGUAGAAAUUAUAUCUGAUGACCACAGAGCUACAAAGAUUUUCUCUUCUGGUUCAAGUGAUUUAAAAUUUGUGAGUGAAUUUACUCCUUACACAAGUGAGAUAUUACUGGCAUUAGCCUGAGCAUGUAUUGUUCAGGCAGGUAUGUGUCACCUCCCCCCCUCCACUCCCCCAGCCAAAAAAAGAUCAUGCCAGUGCUCCUUAAUCCAGAUCAGCCAACCCCCAUCCCCCGCUAGUAUUACAGGCAUGAGGCUUUUACUGAAUGGAGAUUAUACAUGUAACAGAUUCACAGCAAAAUAAGCAAACAGGGUGAGGAUGAGACCAAACAGUUUAUUUUCACUUGUGACUGAUACAUGAUUUGAAUCUACUUUAUCUUGAUUUUUUUUUUCUUUGUGUUAAUACCUAUUGCACUAAGGUAACAUUGUGAUCUGUUCCUCAGUGAUUGGCCAGAAUCAAAAAUCCCAGAUCUAAACACACUUCUGUGAAUUCAAGCUGUAUUACAACACAGUAAUUCGUACAGGAGACAUCCAUAUGUCUAGUAAAUAUAGUUAGUCUAAUGCUGGCUUUAAAAUGUUUCCUCUUGCCAGCUGCCCAGGGCAUGUGGGUUUAAAUUUGGGGUUUUCUUUCUUUUGUGGGGGAAUGCAUGAUGAUCACAAAUGAAUCCAAACAUCACCCAGGAGGCUAUAAGAAGGCUUUAUAUACAGUUAAAGCAAAGACCUUUAUGUUUGAGUAUUUAACAGGGCAAGAUUCUACUGGAAUGCUGCAAUGGAAUUACAGCAUAUUAAUGAUCUUUCCUUUCCUUUACAGUGUCCUUAGACCUGACAGCUGGGAUUGUUCUUCUUUCUUUCUGUCACUUUAACAUUUUGCAUGCCAGUAUUGACCCAACGCAAACUACACAGCUUGUUUCACGCUUCUGAACGUUAGCUGCCAUUUCUCAACCUGCCCUUAGCAUCUUUAGCAAAUGAGCACUUACGUGUUUUCUAGGCAGUUGAAAUUUGAAGCCCCAUAAAGGUCCAGGGAAUGCAUUUUUACAGCAUUCAAUUAAUGCUUCAGUAAAUAUCUCUUUAUUUUAGAUCUAAACAUUAGCUAAAUUUUCACUAAGUAUUUUCCCAAAUACCAGAAGCAGGCAUUAGAGAGGAUUCACAGCUGGAAGAAACUAUUUAUACCAAACCCAUAGCACUCACACAGCAAGGCUCAGAAGAUUAUCUCUGUUACCUAGGAUUGAGCGGAUUAUAAGUAACCAAGAAUGGACGAUUGCUAUAUGGUUAUAUUGGGGGUGUCGUACCCCCUGAGGCAGCUUCUUCAUUGUGGAGGAGUCCACACCUUUUCCUCAGUUCCUUGUGAUAAGCUGCCUCUUAACCUGUGCCCUGGCUGCUGCCCCCUCAACUGCCCCUCUCCCCAAACACUGUAGUUCCUGGAUCCUGUUGGGACUGCCCUCCUGGCGUUCAGGUGAGGAGCCUCUGAACUGCUGCUUGCCUGGGCACUGUACAGAGGCUUCUGUCUGAGGUGGGAUGAGAAGCCCUGAAAUGAGCACGGCUGGAAGGUUAGAUUUGAGAGUUAUUAGGGGUUCGUCAAAUGAGCAAGAGGAAAGCGUAUUUGGGCCUGGAUAGAGGCUCAUGAAAUUAACAGGGAGCUGGAAGUGUCAUGAAUUGAACUGAUUGGGAUGAAGAGAUGUGGAGGAGGGGCAAAAUUGAAUGGAGGGAUGAUUAGGCAGUGUCUUAGAACUGGGUAUUUGCAGUGAGUGGAGACAUUUAUCAGGCAAAUUUGAGAAGAAUUAGAUUAGUUAUUUCUGAUGCCUGGGAGUUGGAUGGUUUGUUAUAACAUAGCUCAAGAAUGGUUUGGCCAGGCAACUUGAAAUUUUGGUUAAUUCAGAUCUUGGACCCCUUUGAGUUUUGAGGCUGAGUAUUUUGGAAGUUAAGUUUUCUGCCUAAUUAAGAAACUUGCAAAGUGCAUGGGCUGGUCUAAGGUUCUGAGAAGCCCUUCAAUCCUGGGAAUAGCAUGAGUUACAAGCAUGCUUCUAUUGAAGGCCAAAUGUAUGGAAAGGAGAUGGUCAUAUCCCAGUGCAAAAAUAAACUUCACUGACAAAAUUGGCAAGAAAAGCCCAGAAAAACUCCACAAAGCUCUUUAGGCAUUCCAUGUUAAUGUCACUGUCACGCCUGUUUGAUUUAAGAAGUUGUUUAGUUGAAGACAAAGGCAGUAUUGCUGUACUUCACAUUUGUAUGUAAGAAAAAAUUAGGGUGAUAUAAGAGGGUUGGGUUUUUCUGUUUUGUUUUUCAAUUUGAUGUAAAUAAGGCAAUUGAGAAAGUCGAGUAGUUACUUGCCCAAGAGUAUUUACCUGCCUAUUUUAAGAAUUAUAAAGCGUGUCUUAUGUCAUUGCAUCAGUCUUGAAAAUUUCCAUCACCUAUCCGCAGUUGCAUGCAUUGAAUGGUUCUGAAUUUCUGUGGUGGGACCCAUUAAAGAGGGAUCUGAGUCUCGAUCAAUAUCUGCAAAAAGAAAAGGAGUACUUGUGGCACCUUAGAGACUAACCAAUUUAUUUGAGCAUAAGCUUUCGUGAGCUACAACUCACUUCAUCGGAUGCAUUCAGUGGAAAAGUAAGCAGGCUACCUUAAAGUCUAGGGAAGAAGCUAAGCCACGAUUCAGAGGGGAUAGGAUAAUAGUCUUGAAAAGUGAAAACACCAAGGAAGGAGAUGAAUUAUUUAGUGCAAUAGAGAAAUUAAAAUACUCUUCCAAGGGGAAUGGUGGAGGCCACAUCACUCGGGACUUUUAAGAAUAGACUGGGCAAAACACUUGAAAAUGCACCAUCAAGAACAAUUUUGCAGGGCUGGAGAUGGGCUGAAAGACAGCGUCUUCUCCAUCUUUAACUUCUGCGGUGCUGCCUCCAUAACCAUGAAAAUGAUUGAAGUUAGAGCAGUGCAAAAGUUUCAUAAUGAAGCCAGAUGACGCUUACCUGUUUUGCCUAUUAAAAACCUGCAACUCAGGCCAGUUGUGCUAAUACGUGCAAACUGGGGCCAUGUUUAGACUGAACCAAGGAUAAUUUAUAGUUACAGGUGGGAAUCAGACAGAGCUUAAUAGUUUCACAUGGUUUUGAUCCAUGAGUAGAUAAAACUCUGAGUGAAUUUGGCUUUGAGAUUUUGGGCUCAUGUGAACCUCAAAAAAUUGAGGUGACACUCGGGGAGCUGAACACACAUAAACUAAAGCCAGAAAGGACUAUGUUAGCAUAGCUAACCCCCAAGAACUGAAGCAAUCCAGUUCUAUACAGAUGGAGUUGAAACCAACAGCUGUUUCCAAGCAUCUGAGCUAGUUCUUUCUUCUGUAGCAUACAGAGCUCUCUCAGCUUUAUAUCAGCAUGCUCUUUUCUGAGCCCCCUGAUUCAGAGGAUACUGGAGACUUUCUAGAGGCCUUGCAUAAUGACUUAGCCACUCCCAGUCUCUAUUCAAGCCUAAGUUAAUUGUAUCCAAUUUGCAAAUGAAUUCCAAUUCAACAGUUUCUUGCUGGAGUCUGGAUUUGAAGUUUUUUUGUUGUAAUAUAGCAACUUUCAUGUCUGUUCUUGGGGGUUAGCUAUGCUAACAUAGUCCUUUCUGGCUUUAGUUUAUGUGUGUUCAGCUCCCCGAGUGUCACCUCAAUUUUUUGAGGUUCACAUGAGCCCAAAAUCUCAAAGCCAAAUUCACUCAGAGUUUUAUCUACUCAUGGAUCAAAACCAUGUGAAACUAUUAAGCUCUGUCUGGUUCCCACCUGUAACUAUAAAUUAUCCUUGGUUCAGUCUAAACGUGGCCUCAGUUUGCACGUAUUAGCACAACUGGCCUGAGUUGCAGGUUUUUGUUAGGCAAAACAGGUAAGCGUCAUCUGGCUUCAUUAUGAAACUUUUGCACUGCUCUAACUUCAAUCAUUUUCAUGGUUAUAGAGGCAGUACCACAGAAGUUAAAGAUGGAGAAGACGCUGUCUUUCAGCCCAUCUCCAGCCCUGCAAAAUUGUUCUUGAUGGUGCAUUUUCAAGUGUUUUGCCCAGUCUAUUCUUAAAAGUCCCGAGUGAUGUGGCCUCCACCAUUACCCUUGGGAGAAUAUUUUAAUUUCUCUAUUGCACUAAAUAAUUCACCUCCUUCCUUGGUGUUUUCACUUUUCAAGACUAUUAUCCUAUCCCCUCUGAAUCGUGGCUUAGCUUCUUCCCUAGACUUUAAGGUAGCCUGCUUUCUUUUCCACUGAAUGCAUCCGAUGAAGUGAGUUGUAGCUCACGAAAGCUUAUGCUCAAAUAAAUUGGUUAGUCUCUAAGGUGCCACAAGUACUCCUUUUCUUUUUGCGAAUACAGACUAACACGGCUGUUACUCUGAAACCGAUCAAUAUCUGAGAACUUGUCCAACUUGUCAGGUUGCUUGACUUCAGAUUCAAAUUUCACUUCUCAGUUCCAAAUCUAAGUUGUAUGUAGUCCCUAAAGAAUUGGAAAUUGAUUGUCCUAUUACUAUGAAUAACUAGAUUCUGUUUAUUUCAUAUCUCUGAGAUCAUGGGUCAGUUUUCAGUAACAUACAAAUGUUGUAGCUAGUCCUUUUACCUCUGUUGAUGGAAUAAAUGUGAUAAAUUAUUAUUUUUUGGGGGAGACAGUUUGUGGUUCCACUCCAGAGAAAGAUGAUAUGGAAUUUAAGAAAGUGGAGCUGAUAGGUUGAUAUUAGUUCAUUUUUAAAAUCAACUUGUCCCAUAGUAGUAAGGCUCCAAUUUCCACUACGGGAAAGGAAUGCUCAGUUCUCAAAGCAUCUGAGCCAAUCUACCUGCUGAACUGCUUAUGUAUAGUUUCACAUUUAAAUAAUUUGGUAUAAUGGACAUGAAUGCUUCUCAAAUUCUAAAAUUUGCUUAAGAAAUCUAUUUCUUUAAACAGUUGGGCUCUGAGUCAGGAAAACAUCCCUAUCUGAGAAAGCUCUUAUGCAUUGAGUUAAGCCAGUCAAAUGGAUUUAGGGACAUGCUCAAAAUUCAGUACAUGCUUUAGUGCUUUCUGCAUAGGGAUGGAUUUAAGCAUGGGCUUAGGUGCUUUCUUGAAUCAUGCUCAGUCUUUUGAAUGAUUUUCAAAAGCAUAUGAAAAGUAGCUUUGCCUUGAAGAAACUUUAUUUUGCAACUUAAAAGUAGGAUUAACAGGCAGAUGCUUUUGUGACUGUAAAUCCCAUAGUACAGCUGUUUUUGAGUAGAACUAGUUGGAAAUUUUCUGAUCAGACAUUUUUCUACCAGAAAAUGCUGAUUCGUCAAAAUUAAAAUGUUUUUCAGGAACCUGUCCAUUGGUUUCCGUCCAGCUUGCCUGCUUCAUGGGCUGCUGCAAAACCAGGACUCUGAUAGCCUGGUUUUUAGGCUUCCCCAGCUUCUUAACAGCCUGCUCUGGGCAGCUUAGGGAACCUCACCAAUUUUGUUUUCAGUAAGUCCAGAUAGAAUUUUUGAUUUUUUUUUUUAAACUAAAAUCUCAGACUCCCCUGGAUUCCAUGGAAAACUUUGAAAUUGUGAGUUUUUGUUCUGAUGCAGAACAGAAUUUUAAAAAAUGAUUUUUUGGAGUUUUCCCAUCAAAUGGGAAUUCUGGGUUCCAACCAGCACUAUUUUCAAACCUUUGAAUAUAGAAGCUUGUACUAACAUACCUAAAGAUUUUUUAAUUUCCUAUAAAUUCUAUUUUUAAUUGCCCACUUUCUCAAAGCCGGUCAGCCGCUUGUUCAGGGAAAGCCCCUGGCGGGCCGGACCAGUUUGUUUACCUGCUGCGUCCGCAGGUUCGGCCGAUGGUGGCUCCAGGCCAACGGGAGCUGCGGGAAGGGCAGCCAGCACAUCCAUUCGCCCGCGCCGCUUCCCGCAGCCCCCAUUGGCCUGGAGCGGUGAACCGUAGCCAGUGGGAGCCGCGAUCGGCCGAACUUGCGGACGCGGCAGGUAAACAAGCCAGUCUGGCCCGGCAGGGGCCUUCCCUGAACAAGCGGCGGACCGACUUUGAGAACCACUGCUGUAGAACGCUCAACUCACAGAAAAAUCUUAAGUGAGAAAAAUAACAAAACUCUGGAGAUUCUAAUGACUUUUUCCUGCUGAGAUGAGCUAAGGCACUUACUAAACUUAUAGGUUGAUAUAGCUGAGUCUCCGCUUAAUGCUGAUAGUUGCUAAACUAGUUAACUACACUGAAGCUGCAAGUUUUUUGUUUUUUCCCAUCUGGGUUAGACAAGACAAGACAGGCCUGCUGCAUGUCUGGAUUUAGCAGGGAGAUAAGGGCUGUAAAAUUUGACCACUAGUAAUAUUGUGGUAUACAAAUUAUUGCAACAUUUAGUGUCUUUGGUCAGUCACCCAGGCAGGUCAAGUAUCUUGUGGAAUACUGCCAAGAUUAAUGGAUAAUUUAAAAACAAAACAAAACAACCAGAUACUGUCUGUAUUUGUUGCUAGUGAUGUUUGAGCCAUCUGGCUUUUUUUUUUGGUUUGGGUCCUUCUGAUUGUAUCUUUCACAAUAGAAACAGCACGCACAAAAAAUAUUCUUCCUCAUUACAUGAAUGCAGUCUCCUUUCUCCUUUUCUGACCUGUGUUUAGGCCCUGGAUUUCUUUGUAAAUUUGCCUCUCUGAUGAUAAAUUACUCAUAAAUAAGUGCCACACCUUUAUGCUGCAGCAUUCUGAAUGAUAAUAAGGCUAACCAGUGGAAGCAAUGUGCUACAGAACAUGGAACCUCACCAACACACUUCAAAAGUUGUAUUUUUUAUCAGUCUGCUAUUUCCAUCACCAGUCCCAUCAUCUAUUUAAACGGAUAAAUAGCAGUAUUUCACCCUUGAAAUGACGCUGAUUUUUCUAAAAACAAACAAAAAGAAAACAAGAUAUUAUUUUCACAUUUGGUUUUUCAAAAGUAAGAUAGUAUAGGAACUGUAAUUUGAAAACGAACUGAAUUUUUUUAAAGCUAGUGCAUCAGUGGUAAAAGUGUUGUAAUUAAUUUAAAUUUUUUUGGGGGGUAAACAAAUAGAAAUUCAUGAUUUGGAUUUUCAGUCUGUAGCGGGGUGGCUACCCUGCUCCUAAAAUAGAAGGGAUUAAAAGCAGCCCUGGAGAGGGCUGUGGUUGGGGAUGGCUGAUUGGGGAAGCAGCCACAGCUGGGCCACACCCCAAUCAGGCCCCAGCUGGCCUGUAUAAAAAGGCUGUGAGCCAGAGACCCAAGGAGUCUUUCUCUGGGGUAGGAGAGAGCAGGGUCUGCCUGGGUACUGGGAGUGAUGCAGGGCUGGGGAAGGAGCAGGCUGAGUGGGGUGCUCCAGGCUGGCAACUUCCCAAGCUGUAAGGCCUGCUCCAAGGCCCAUAGAGGUACUGGGAGGCAGAGGAAGGCAACAGGUCCAAACCCCUUGCCUAUGAUGAGUGCUCUUUACACUGCAGUCUGCCCCAGGGAGUGGGGGCUUGGUGAUGACUGGCAGUAGCCCAGAUGGAGGCAAGGUGGGGAUAGUGAGUUGGGGGUUCCCCAGGAAGGGGAGAGCUAGAGGCACAGUGUGGGGGUACUGCCAGGGGGCAGAACCCCAGAGAAAGGGGCACAGGGGUCUGUGAGGGACACGGGGGCUAGAGUUUUGUGGAUCACUGGCCUGUAGAGGGCACUCCAGGCUGGAAAAGAGCUAAUUCCCAAUGACCAGCAGGAGGUUCUGCAGGGGUGAGUCUGCUCCUUUACACAGUCCUUGAUGAGUUUCAGGUGUACAUGUGUGCUUCUGUUUGCAGUACAUCAUAAAUACUGUAACAGCUGGAAACUGUGACACCAAAAAUCUUAAUAAAAUCUCAUAUGUUGCCAAUUAAAUUUAAAAUGCUUAUUGAAAGGUAGGAAAGUUUUUAUGGCACAGGGCAACUUAGCUUUUAUUGUCUUUGAGCCUUUGUAAUGAUUUUUGUGGUGGUAGUCCUGCGUCUCACCUGUGUCACAACAGCAAUCAGGCCUUUUGCUUCAUUAAGCCAUUUGAUUGGCUCAGCUAAUGAGAAUCUAUAUGCUGUGUAAUAUAUGUAAAGGUAGCUAUCAUUUUAUAAGUCUUUAUUGAUAGGUGGCUACUCAUUGCAGAUCAGCCAGGUUUGUGAAUAAAUUCCUUGUCUCUUGAAAAGACUGUUAAAUCUUUGCUUCAGUUUAGUGACCUGGAUUUUGCCUGAGGAAAAGACAUUUUAUAUAAAUGACUUUAUACUCGGACACUCAGGAACAUGAACCAAGCUAAAUUGAAUUAAGACCAUUUAAAUUCCAAAUGAGUGUGUCCACACAGGGGUUUAAUGCAAUUUAUCCUAUCCCUUUUAAAUUCACACCCAUAGUUAAAUAGGAUUAAUUUUCCUGAGUGUCCCUGUGUAGAUGAGCCUUAAUUCACUUCUACAGGAUUUGGCUCAACUGGACUUCUUACCUGUGUGUAAAAACAAAACAGGAUUUGGCCAUUGUCGUGCUGAAAUGAAGUAUGAACUUUCUUACUACAAUUUUUCCUUCUCUUUAGAAUCAAUCUGUAAGGACAUACUAUAGGUUCUACCAUAGCUGGGAUAGUCAAAUACAUCUGUGAUAACAUCUUUGCAGUCUUAUGCUUUGUUGCCUAGUGGUUACCAUAAAAAUUAUUCCAGGGAAGCACUUAAGAGAAAUGUGAGAACCUUGCCAUAAGCUUCCUCUUCCAGGUUUUCAAGUAGUUAGACCUAUUCCUUAUACCUCGAUAUUCCAAGAAAUGAGGGACCGCUUUCCUUUAUACAUUUUCAUGUGACAUGGAAAAAGUAGCCCAGAAAUAGGCAGAAUACCUGUCAAAUGCUGCUGCUUUUUCUGAGCAGUCUUAGGUUAUUGUGCCGCUUACAUAAUGUUUUGUGGUGGCUUCUAACCCCUCCCCUUUUCCCCUCCUUGGUUUAACUUGUUUUCUUCUUCGAUGUCCAACAAGAGAUACAAAGAGUAAAGCUGUUAAUGCAGGUCAUGUUUGCACCAUCUGCUCUAUGGCUAUUUAAAUAUUGUCACAGGAAAGCAGUGGUUGCGCUGUUUUUCAUCUGUGCUUCAAAUGAGUGCCAGCAGGGUUCCUGUUGCAGAAACUAAACCUGACUGGCGUGCGUGUGUGUUAAGCCCUGGAAGUAAAGUGGUGAGAUCUGCAGAUGUGGAGUACUUGCUGGAAAACUCAAAGGGAGCAGCUGUGGGAUCCAGCCAGGUGACUCCCCUACAUACAAGAGCUGACCUUUCCAAGGGACAAUCAAAACAGAAGCCAGUAGUCUACCAGGGUGUAUGGGAAGCACAUUGAAAAGAGUAAUGAUGGAGUCAGUUCACAUAGAUAUGUUCUCUAGGGAAGUCAAUUGUCAGCAUUCCAACAUUAGUCCAAGUAACUUGCAAUUGAUUUCAGAUCCUAUUGCUUCAGCUACUCUGUUGCUAAUAGCUCCAGCCUCCAGGAGUGUUUCAAGCAAACUGUAAACUAAGUGGUCUCAGAAAUCCAGUAGUCCUGGCUGGAGUUCCUUUGCAUUUUGAACUAACCUUAUUAGCAAAGGUUGGUGUAUUGGCAAAUUCCUCAGGAAGGAGUGAGGAUGUCUGUACUGAUCAGUACAGACAAGUUUCAGGAGCUGUAAACAAAACAAUCCAGCAUCAUCAUGACAGCUGAAGUACCUCUCAGUGCCAGUACAAAGACUUCUAAGUCUUUAGACCGACCGUGAUAUAUAAUAAUACGGUGUGUAUACACAUUUUUGUAAAGACAAAUGUGCUUGGUUUCAAUUAAAAUCAAAGUAAGAAGCCUCACUCAGUUAUAUUUUGCAACUCCCUAUUUCUUAUCCCUAACCCCUCCAAUACAUUUUCAAAUCACUUUGUCUUGUUAAUUGGUCCAUGAGAUGUUGUGAAGGUUGAUUUUAGCCUGGAGGCACCCAGGGUAUUGCCAUGGCUUGUCUAUAGCUGCAGCACCAGCUUCUCUCCUUGUAUUAUGCUAAAUAGGUAUGUUCCCUUGCCCUUUCCAACUCUCUCUCCCCACCUCCCCCUGUAGGUUAAUAAUAGUCUAAUCAAAUGGUAGGUUGAUAUUGCUCAGUAGUUAAAGUCCUUGACAUGGUUCAUUUGCAAUAAUAUGUAUAAUUUAGCUCAAACUUUGUUUUAAAGGGCUAAAUAGCCCUUCGGAUAUGAGCUGUAGGGCUGUCUCGUCAAAAUUCUGCCAAAUAUUGACUUUUCAGAGGGGAUAUCAAGCUGCUGAAUGUUUUAAAAACCAUUCUUUCCUUGCUCCUCCUGUCCUAGAUGGUGUCUAGAAAGUCCAUGAGGUUUUGGUUUUCCCCCACUGGUCCCAAUUUUAAUAUAUGGUAUUUUUGUAUGUUGACCUCUGGCGUCUUGUCCUUUGUAUAUGUGGAAAUGUUGAGAACAGCUCUGACACAUUUGGUAUGAUUAAAGUUCUUUAAAAUGA